AGUCGGUAAAGUAAGACUCCCCUGAGGGGGUAUCCCGAAGGCGGUGAAAGGUUCAGUAGUUGCGCCGCGGCCCAAGGGGGCGAAAGCGACCGGAAGGACGCGCCGGAGGCUGUUUAUAGCCCUGUCAGGACGGCGUUGGGAGGGCAGCGGAGGCGGAGGCCUGAGGGUUCCUUGGAUGAUGACACACUGAGAAACUUCCUCUGAGGCCAGGCCCCCAUGGCAUCCCAAGACAAAGAUGUGGGGCCCUCACUGCCCUCUCCGUGGGCCUCCCAAAUGGGGCCCUGGGAGGCCAUUCUUGAGGCUGUCAGGGAGCACCUUCCGUCUCUGGACUCGGAUUCCUCUUUGUCAGACUGCGGAGAAGAGGAGCUGUUCAUCUACCAGCGAAAUCAAACCACCCUGAUUCCAGACUUGUCAGAGGAGCUGGCUGAAGACCCUGAUGGGGCCUGGGUCGCUCCGGCCAACAGGUCUCCUCCUGAGCCACUGGUGGUACCUGUGGAGUUCUCAGCAGAGCCCUGGGGUGAAUGGAAUGUAAGGAUGAAGGAAGGAAAGGAUCCUGGCCAGCCCUUGGAGAGUGGUGGUGAGAGCAGCUCUCUUAGGAUGCCUGAGGAGACCCCCACAUGGCAGGAAGGUGACCUUGGAGACAUGUCUUUCAACACCAAAGGAUCCCCGAGUCCUCCUUGGGGGCCGCAGGGAGAAGCCACCCUCUGUCUCUCAGAAGAAGACCUGAGGAUGGACCCAAAUGCUGUCCCCUGUGUUCAGAAGGGCUCAGACUCUGCAAACCGGAGAGCCCUCCGAAAAGAGAGAAGGAAGAUGAUCGAGAGAGACUUCCUUCAUAAAGUCACCUGGGGUGCCAGGGGCCCUACCUGCAGUGACCACAGCCAAGUGAAGGAGACACCCUGUGAAUCUGCAUCCACGGGUCCGAGACCAGGAACGUCAUCACAGGGGCCCCGGGAAGGCCUGCCAGUGCUCUCCCUCGAGCCACUUGAAGAGUGGGAUUUGGAUCACAUCCUUCAGAGUCUGGCUGGACAAGAAGACGACCGGGGAGAUGGAGCACCUAGAGGAGUGUGGUGGGCAGCUGAUCACCUCCAGGGCCCAGAUCAUGCCGAGCCCAGCGCCCAGGACAGGCUCAUGGAACAGCUCACCCUCCUAUGUGCCAAGCAAUUCAGAGCCUCUUCCUCUGCCUGGAAGGUGCCUGCAGACAUGCGCCCGGACAAUGAGCAGCUGAAGGCCAGAAGCAGAUGUGCUUUGAUAGAGCUGAGUCAGCGUCGGCUAAGGAACCCAGCGGAGCCUCCCACCAUCUUCAUCGACCUGAGGCCCACAGAGCCAUCAGACCAGGGGCCAUUGGAAAGGUACAGAGAGCACUCCGGCUCCAGCUCCAGCUCCAGCUCUUCUGACAGCGAGGAGGCAGGGGAAGAGGAGACAGCUGCUCGGAGAGACUGGCAAGGCCCAGGGGGGCUAUGGGACUGUACUGGGAAAAGCCAGCUUCUCCAGCAGCUCAGGGCCUUUCGGAAGGGGGUGGCUCUGCCCCAGUGGCCUGCCAACAAGGUUCCUAGGAGCAAGAAGGCUCCUGAAGAUACAGCUGGAUCUGGGGCUGGAAGGAAGCAACAUGUAACACUCUGAGUAAGGCAGAAUGCCCUGGCCAGACACUCAGGAGGAAGUCCUGGGGCCCUCGGGGACCCUCUUGGGCCAGGGAUAGUCAGAGGCCCUGGUAUCUCCUCUGGGCCAACUGUAAAUGCCUCUGGGACUGGAUCUUGGGAGGUUAUUGGGGUGGGUUGACUCAGUCAACACACCCAGGUCUGAUGGUCCCUUCACUCUCCCAUUUCUCUUAGCAGGUGCUUUUGUAGUGCAGGGCCUCUCAGACUGGACCCGUCACCUAGCUCUCUGUUCGAAUUUGGUCAGAACAUUUUAAUGCAUUUACAGCAGAGAUCCCAGCACAAACUUAUACACUGUACAGCAUGAAGACAACUCAGGUGACCCUACUCCUCUGAGAGGACGUGGAAGGAAAGCCCAUGAAGACAAUGGUUUUGUUCUGAUGGUUGAACUGCGAGCCUAUACAUCUUUGUCCAUUUCUGUAUUUUUUCCAUUAAUGUACACCUGUUAUUUUCAUCAUAAAAGGUCUUU